GUUUUCGCAAGUUGUGACAGCAUCCCAUCCUACAAUCCUGCCCCGCGGUCCGGGUGUCAAGAUUCUGGGAGGCUAUGGAGCUAGGAGCAUUAGAAGGAUCCGAUCACCGGCUCUUUGUUCGAAAUACCUUCCUGGAAGUACAGGCAGAGGUGGACCUCAACGAGAGGCAGCUGUUGAAACGGUCAAACAGCUGGAGCGCUUCCUCGAGCAGCUCCAUGAGCUCCGCUUCUGAGGAUUAUGCCACAGCUUCCACCUUGCAGCAACAGCAACCGACCUUUGCAGCGCAUAUGGUUUGGCAUGACACGUCUGAGACAACCUCCGAGUCAGGCGUCUCAGGAUCCACCGCUCAGCGAUCUCGUGAUGACCAGCUUCGGCAGGAGCGAGUAGCGCAAGUGCAGCAAAAGAUCAAAGAGUUGACUCAAGCAGAUCCCCUUCUGGGUGGUGAUGAAGGACCCCCGCCGGAGAUUGAGUACGGGUGGUCAAUCGGAAGUGCAAACCACGAGAGUGGGAAGUGUACCCCGUGCAUCCACUUCACCACAAAAGCUGGAUGCAAGCACGGCGAAGCUUGCAGAUUCUGUCAUCUGGAGCAUACGGAGGACGCAAGGAAAGGCAGGCAUCGCCCCUGCAAGGCUACAAGAAAUCAGUGCAAGCAGUUGCUAUCUCAAAUGAGUGACUUAUACAAGGAUGACCCAGAACAGAAGCGCAUCGCCUAUCUGACCUUGGCAGACCAGAGCCCAUAUAUGAAAAGCUUGUUGAAGAGCGUUCUGGACAACGAGGAAGCAGCUGCGUCAGACGCGCCGCGCAGACCCGGCUUGCAGCAAGAAGGGAAAGGCUCGACUUCUGAAGGAAGCAGGAGCAAGAAAAACUUGAUAUCGCUGUAGCGGCUCGUUGGUGCAACACGGGUUUCCCGUCUCUGCAGGCUGACGCGCAACCUGCAGCCUUGCUUCGUGAUUGGGGGCCAUUCUGCUGAGUCUGCCACGCGCCCCAAAGUUUCACCUAAACUGCCGCCUAAAAGGCGCCGUUUAGCUUGGAGAAGCAAGUCGCAGAACGUUUUGGCCGCUUGAGAACGGUUCUCGAGGCCUGUGAUGCUGUGGACAGGGUGGCGCGCAAUCGCGCUAAGCAGCAGGCGACUGUCGCUCGGCACGGCUUUUUGAUCAGGGCCGCAGGCCGGCAUUCUUGUUUUAGUUUCCUGCUCUCUUGUCAGCAGGCAGGCAAGUGAAGCACCCCGACGCUGAGCGCACGAUGCACUUUCCAGUGUCGGAAGGUCGACCUUGCGCCGCUUCAGAUGCCAACUGUCAGUUCGCGGCGC